GAGGUUAACGUGGAGCAGGAUGUUGGUACUCGUGAUAGGAGACCUUCACAUCCCUCACCGAUGCACCAGCCUCCCAGCCAAGUUCAAGAAGCUCCUUGUCCCAGGGAAGAUCCAGCACAUCCUCUGCACGGGGAAUCUCUGUACCAAGGAGAGCUACGAUUACCUAAAGACGCUGGCGGGGGACGUUCAUGUUGUCAGAGGAGACUUUGAUGAGGGCCUGAGUUACCCAGAGCAAAAGGUUGUUACUGUUGGCCAUUUUAGAAUCGGUCUGAUUCACGGCCAUCAAAUUAUCCCUUGGGGUGAUAUGGCCAGCUUGUCGAUUCUCCAGAGGCAGCUAAAUGUGGACAUCCUAAUUUCAGGGCACACACACAAAUUUGAAGCUGUUGAGCAUGAAAACAAGUUUUUUAUCAACCCAGGAUCUGCCACAGGAGCCUACAAUGCCCUGGAUAGAAACAUCACUCCCUCUUUUGUCCUGAUGGACAUCCAGGCUUCCACAGUUGUAACUUACGUGUACCGUCUUAUCGGAGAUGAUGUGAAGGUGGAAAGACUCGAUUACAAGAAGUCUUAAAU